AUAUAUGAUCUUGGGAGGAAGGUUUGGACAUCAAAAGGAGAAGAACAAGAAGCUGCCAAGAAGGAGUUCAUAGAAGCCCUUAAAUUGAUGGAGGAUCAGCUGGGAGACAAGACUUACUUUGGAGGAGACAAUAUUGGCUUUGUGGAUAUAGCACUUGUUCCAUUCUCCACUUGGUUCAAAGCCUAUGAGACUUUUGGAAACCUCAACAUAGAGAGUGAGUGCCCCAAGUUUGUUGCUUGGGUCAAGAGGUGCCUGCAGAAAGAGAGCGUUGCCAAGUCUCUUCCUGAUCCGCAUAAGGUCUAUGAGCUCGUUGUGGAGAUAAGAAAGAUUAUAGGAAUUGAGUAGGUUGGAAUACUAAAUGACCAUUGUGAAGUAUUGGUCUUCAUUUGGUCAUUCUUAAGCUUUCAAUAAGAUAAUCUUUCUGUAAUAAAAGGCACUUUGAUGUGCCAAACUUCAUGCUUUCAUAGGAAUGUGUAGGUUUUGAGAAACUUCUGAUGGAUCUUUCAUGUGAUUGUUGGUUCUUUUCUGCAUUAUUACAUACUAGAGUCACUUGGUGAUAGUUGUGUAUGAAACUAUUUCUGUACAUCUUGGAUGUUGCCAGCUUGUGCGAGUACUAUUUUUCCACUUACCAUUGA